AUGAUCUUUACGUACCCCUAUGGUACAUUUGCUUAUCGUAGGAUGCCAUUUGAUUUGUGCAAUGCUCCUGCUAUCUUUCAGCGUUACAUGAUUGCUAUUUUUUCUGAGAUGGUGGAGAAGUUCUUAGAAAUUUUCAUGGAUGACUUCUCGAUUAGGGGUAGUAUUAGGAAACAGUGUAACGUGAUAUACUAUGCAAGCAAAACAUUGACUGACACCCAGCUAAACUAUGCCACUACGGAGAAUGAACUGUUAAUGAUGGUCUAUGCCUUUGACAAAUUUCGGUCAUAUCUUAUGGGAUCAAAGGUCAUCGUUUACGCUGAUCAUACUGCCUUAAAGUACUUGUUGACGAAUAAGGAUGCCAAAUCAAGACUUAUCUGUUGGGUGUUACUAGUACAAGAAUUUGAUCUGGAGAUAAGGGACACGAAGGGCAGCAAAAAUGUGGUAGCGGACCAGUUAUCACGAUUGGAGCCAAGAGAGCAGAAUGAUUCCAUUGACAUUAAUGAUAUUUUUCCAGAUAAGCAAAUGGAUGGAGUACCUUGGCGAGGAGUAGAUCAGAUUAUUCGAAGAUAUGUGCUAGAGGAAGAUGUCCUUAAAAUAUUGGAGCAAUGUCAUUUAUCUGCAUACGCGGGUCAUUUUGAUGCAUCCAAAACAGUAGCAAAAAUUCUACAAUAUAGCUCUAUUGGCCUUCCAUAUUCCGGGAUGAUUUUGAAUUUGUGA